CAAACGCACCUCGUUGAGACGAUCGUGUUGUUGUUUUCAGAUCUGUCGGAGAAGAAGAGCGACCUGAGGGUGUGUGACGCCGGAACGUGUCGCUUCGGAGGAACCUGCAGAGAGAACGGUGCCGACAUCAAGUGUGUCUGCCAGUUCCACUGUCACAAGAAGUACGUCCCUGUGUGUGGAUCCAACGGGGACACCUACCAGAAUGAGUGCUUCCUCCGGAGAGCCGCCUGCAAGAAGCAGAGAGCCGUCAGCAUCGUGUCCGAGGGUCCCUGUUACCACGGUAACGCACACACUCACACUUUACAACGGAAUGAAGGAAUACGCUGAGUCAGCAUUUACUAAACUACAGGAACAAGUAAAGUACCCAGUUUAGUGUUACCAAUGUUGUAAAAACAAAAAUGGUGUCCCCUCUCCUCUCCUCCCCUCUCCUCUCUCCUCUCCUCUCCU